AUCAUUUGGACAUUUUCUACUUUAGUUGCGGUUGGAGCAUUGACAAGACACAAGACGAUUUCUAUCAUAGGACGUUGCAAAAAUGGAGGUUUCUCAAGAUUUUCCCUUGGCUUCUAAAUAUUCAGUAAGUGGGCUCCGAAUGACAAGUACUGAGUUGACUGCUUAUGCAGUAAUUUCUUUUAUUGUGGUGCUAUGGUGUCACUUUAAAUGGAAUCGCAGACACUUCGAAAAAUUGGCAUCCAGAAUGACAGGACCGCCGGCAUACCCGAUUAUUGGAGCAGGGCUUGAGUUUGUUGGUACACCCCAACAGGUCAUAGAGAGAAUAAUUAAAUUGUUCGACAUAUAUGGUUCUGAACCGUUUAAAGUAUGGAUGGGUACAUCUUUGGGCGUCACCAUAAGCAAACCAGAAGACGUACAAAUAGUAUUAAAUAGUUCCAAGGCCCUGGAGAAAGACCAGUUCUAUAAAUUUUUCAAGAAUACUGUAGGUGAAGGCUUGUUUUCAGCUCCAGUUCAUAAAUGGCGAAGACAUCGUCGWCUCAUUACUCCAGUGUUUAACGCCAAUCUUCUUGAUCAGUUUUUUCCUGUCUUUAAUGAGAAAAAUCGAAUUCUCACAAGAAAUCUAAAAAAUGAAGUAGGUAAAACACAACCAUUUGAUCUUUGGGACUAUAUAUCAAAUACCACUCUUGAUAUAAUUUGUCAAACUGCAAUGGGUUACAAUCUUGACACUCAAUUAAAUAACGAGUCUGAAUUUGCUGAAGCGUUAACAAAAGCAUCGGAAUUAGAUUCUAUGAGAAUUUACAAACCCUGGUUGCACCCUGAUAUAAUAUUUUCAAUUUACGGAAAACUUACGGGACUGCACAACGUCUACAAAACGCUGCACAAACUUCCAAAUCAGGUGAUUAAGGAAAUGAAAGAAAAAUAUGCACAGAAGAAAAUUGAAAGUCAAAAUAAUGCCAUAGAUGUCAACGUUGACAAAAAAAACCGUUUAAAAGUAUUUUUGGACACGUUAUUGGAACUGAAUGAAGCUGGUGCAAACUUUUCCGAUGAAGAACUUAGAGACGAAGUCGUGACAAUGAUGAUUGGUGGUAGUGAAACUAGUGCUGUCACACUUUGCUUCUGCCUAUUACUACUGGCUAUCCAUCCGGAAAUUCAAGACAAGGUUUACGAUGAGAUAUAUGAUGUGUUAGGCGACGGUGACCAAACAAUUACUAUUGAAGACACUACUAAACUUGUUUACCUCGAACAAUGUUUACGGGAAACUCUUCGAUUAUAUCCUAUAGGACCGUUGUUACUUAGACAACUMCAAGACGAUGUCAAAAUUUUUUCCGGUGAUCACACACUGCCAAAAGGAACAACAUGUAUUAUAUCCCCGAUAUGUACGCAUCAUAUUCCUGAUCUGUAUCCGAAUCCAUGGUCCUUCAACCCGGAUAACUUCGACGCUGAAAAUGUUUCUAAACGUCAUAAAUUUAGUUUCAUAGCUUUUAGUGGUGGCCCAAGGGGUUGCCUAGGAUCAAAAUACGCCAUGUUGUCAAUGAAAGUUCUCGUAUCUACGUUUUUGAGAAACUACAGCGUACACACAGACGUAAAAUUAAGUGAUAUUAAAUUAAAAUUAGAUUUAUUGAUGAGAAGUGCUAAUGGUUAUCCAGUGACUAUUCAGACGAGAGAUAGAAGACCUACAUAUAAAAAGAAUUCUUCUACAGUUMAUUUGUGAUAGAUAAAACUAUGAUGUAUUAUCAAAAAGAACAAGUAAUAAUAAUAUUAAGCAAAUGGAUAUAGUUUGCAAGUAAAUGGUUUUAUAAAAGUGAAUUGUUCAAUCCAAUUUCACAAUUUAUAGAUCAGUUAUAUUUAUGAAUAUUAUUGACUUAUAAUUUUAUAUUAUACCUACAUUUAUGUCAAAUUGUCGAGUGGUCGAGUUUAUAAAAUGUUUAAUGAAAAUCGUAAAUAAUUGUAUAAAAUUGUUAAUGGAAAGCUCUCAAUAGUAGUAACUCSUAUUUCGUGUUAAUAAAACUAUACUUAAAAGGCCAAAGCAAAUUAAUAAAAAGGUGGGUGCUUCUAAUCUCAAUAAUGUGUACUUUAUGUGGCCUAUGUCCACCCUCAAAUUGAGUUUUAUAUUUACACCAGACCUAUGUAUUUAUUUUACCUGUUCCUUGUAGUCUUAUAAAAUGCCAAAUAAUUACUGUAACUUAAUAUUAAUAAAUUAUAUGAAUUAUAUAUUCAAAWCUA